UUUUUCAUAUCAAAUCCCCCCUUUGGUGAUGGGCUAGUCGGCAAACAAUUCGAAGGGGAACUGAAGAAACGCCGCGAAUCCACCUGCACUCUGCCAAACCUAGGUGUGGAUCUGCAGACGAAACUCCUCGGCUUUCUCAAGAUUUGCCCCCAGUUCCUCGCUUCUGUCGCUUCGUCGCUUCGCUGGGCAAUUUUCCCGAGGCCCAAAAUGGCUGCUGCCUCUUCUUCUUCUUCUCUUAAGAAGUUGCUUCCGCUGGGAAGACUCUCAAGAGCUCUGAAGCCGCCUCCUUCUUCUCGUUCUUCUUCUUCUUUGGUUUCAUUUUUGUCCCAUAGAUUGAACCAAUCAUCUACUCCUUUCUUGAAUUUUCUCGAAAAUUCGAUUUACAAAUCUCCUUUGUCAAUAGCUUCCAAAAGUUUAUGCUCCCGCCCUUUGAAUCAUGACGACGAGUCUCAAGGCCCCGCCGCCAUUGACUAUCGUUCUUUGCUGCAGGAGGAUGAGUUCCACAGGCUAGCUGAUUCCACACUAAAUAAUCUACAAGAGAGAUUUGAGGAAUAUGCUGAUUGCAUCCAAAUUGAUGGCUUUGACAUUGACUACGGGAACCAGGUUCUAACCCUGAAACUCGGCACUUUGGGCACGUAUGUGGUAAACAAACAAACACCGAACAGACAAAUUUGGCUCUCUUCCCCAGUGAGGCAUGGUUGUAAGGUCUUCUACUUCUGCUUCUCAUUACGUUACACCUGCAACCGCCAUGUGACAUUAUAUGUGAACGCUAUUCAACUCCAUGUGCAUUUUGCCUCCCUGAAGUGUAGCUGCCUCAUCAUGCGCAUAUGAAACGCUAUGUUAGACCAUGGGGCUUGGCCGCCGGGUCAUCCUUCCGUGAUCUAUUUUGGAUUCCUAUCAAUAAAUUGACAGAAAAUGAUUCAUAUAGCCGACCCCACUUAGUGGGACUAACGCUUGGUUUUGUUGUUGUAUCAAGGCCAUUUGCACUAUUUAGGAAUUCCCAAGACCUAGAAUUACUGUGUUUGUGAAACUCUAAUAAUUUUUGAGAGGUUGAAUCUUGUUCUCAUAUUUGCCUUCGCUGCCUCGUCUGAAAAUUAUGUUUCUCAUGCAGUGGUCCGUCCAGGUAUGAUUGGGAUUGGAACUCUCAAGCCUGGAUCUAUAGGAGGAAUAAAGCAAAGUUAUUGGAAGUUUUAGAAAAGGAGGUGGAGGAACUCUGCGGGAAACCAAUCAGCCUUUCCUAAGCUGCUGCAAAUUUUGUCCACAUACCAUCAAGUGUUUCUUCAAUUGAUUUUAUGUUGCCAGUACCUUGUCUUUUAUGUUUGCUUCCGAAGUGAGUGAUGUCUAUGUAUCUGUGCUCCGAAUUUUAUAUUAUAUCAUGUAAUUGUUCUAGUAUAUUGUUUGCGCAUGAGCUUGGAAAUGAUGAUUAGAAUUUGUGGAGCAAA